AUGACUUUCAAAAGAAAAAGAAGACUAAAGAUUGAGAACAACAUAUCACUUCCAGUCUUAGCAUUUGAUGAAGUUUUGUCUGAUGAGAUUGAGGAUUAUGAGGAAAUCAAGGCUUCUGGUGUGGAGGAGGAAGAGGAAAAAGAGUUGCAUCUACAGCGUGUGUUAGAAUCAAAGAGUAAACUUAUUCCUAUACCUGUUGUAAACACUAUAUUAAAUGAAGCAUGUGAAUGUUUCGAAGACAUAACCCUUUCAAAGUUUAUCAAUUGGCAAAAAGAUGUGUCUAAUGAUUAUAUAAAAACAGACAAAGAUAUUGAUGCGUUGAAUACCGAUCUUAUAGAUAAUAUAGUGCCUGGAGAAGAAUCCUAUGGGUCCAUAAUUAUAAAUAAUAAGAGUGGGAUAAUAUUACUAAAUGAGUAUAAUAUUGAGAAAUUGAAGAUUGCAUUAUUAGACUAUACUGAAUUUAACACUAAGUAUUUGAAUUUUGAUAGAGCAAUAAAAGUAUUUGGUGAAGACUCAAGGUAUUUACAUAGUGUUAAGAACCAUAAAUUCAUAUCUUUCGUUUUGGAAAGAACAAUAUUAAGAUACGAUAGACCAGGGUUCGAGGCUUACAUUUGCUUCAGACAAAGAAUACAGGAACCUAAAAUAAAGUCCAGAAAGAAUGAAAAUCUUACACAGGAUAAACUUGAAUACUUAACUAGAGAGUAUGCUGAAAUAGAUCAAUUCUGUGAGUUAUACAGAAAAAGAUGUGAAUUGGAAGAGUUAAUAUUUUACAACAAUAUCAACAUUAUAGAAAAUUAUGGAUCAAUUUUUAAUAGCUCAUUACGUAAGAAACUAAUCAUUACUAAGAGUAGUUCAUUUAAUACUAUUGAAUCAAUUUAUCGUAACAGAAAAAAAUUCAAAUCUAUUAAACUCGGUAAAUCACUAAAUUCAAAGAAUUUAAUCCUUGAUGAAGAUAUUAUUUGCAAUAAACUGAUAGAAAAUUUAAAGUUACUCACUGCACCUGUUAAUCAAAUAAUAAACCAACCUACCCAAACAAUAAUUAAUAAAGCUGAACCUAAUAAGCCACCAGAUCAAGCUAUUAAUCAAAUAUCUUCACGUAAUAAUCAGACACGUGUUAUAGAGAAGAAACAAUCUAAUUUAAUAUUUGAAGACAUUAAUUAUAAGUAUGAAUACGAAUAA